GCCUUUCACAGAGCAACAAGUCAAAAAUUUGAAAAUAUUUCCCAAAAAAAUCCUACGAAUGGCACUCGAAGGAAUAUUAUUGCUGCCAUCGGUUUUCUUGCCAAUAACUCUCACGGUGACAAUUUUGUGUCUAAUUCACUACUGGCAAGUGAACCAAAGAUCGUACAAACAAGCGUUGCUCAUACCGGGACCAUAUCCAUUACCGCUGAUUGGAAAUGCGCAUUUAAUAUUGCAAGUCGGAUCGAAAACUGAUGUUGUGACAAAAGCUUUGGAAUACUCGAAAAUUUAUACGCCAACUGCUCGGGCGUUUUUGGGACAUAAAGUUGUCGUUUUUCUUACGCAUCCGGAUGAUAUUGAAAUAAUCCUCAACAGCAACGUUCACUUGGAAAAAUCCGAGGAAUAUCGUUUCUUCGAGCCAUGGCUCGGCGACGGGCUUCUCAUCAGCAAAGGCGAAAAAUGGCGCUCCCAUCGCAAGAUGAUCGCCCCUACCUUCCACACAAACAUCCUAAAAAGCUUCGUAAGUUGCUUCUACAAGAACAGCGUCGAAGUCGUCAGUAACUUACGGAAAGAAAUCGGCAGGGAAUUCGACAUUCACGAGUACAUGAGCGAAGUAACGACAGACAUUUUGCUCGAAACUGCCAUGGGAUACGACAAAUCGCAGGACAAAGGUCGCUCAGGCUUAGAUUACGCGAUUGCCGUCAUGGAAAUGUGCGAUUUGAUCCAUUUGCGACAUUAUAAAUUUUGGUAUCGCAUCCAAGCGUUGUUUAAUUUCUUCGGUUAUCAGGAGAAGCAGGAUAAGGUUCUUGAUAAAAUUCAUGGAUUAACGCGGCGGGUGAUAAAAUCGAAGAAAGAGGUGUUUGCGAAAAAUGUUGCUGAAGGAAAUGCUCCAAAACCGUCAUUUUCGGAGAUAAUUUCUUUUAAGGCGAAUACGGAUGAUCAAACGAUGCGCGAUGACAUCGAUGUCAUUGACGAACAGGAUGUCGGCGAAAAACGUCGUUUAGCAUUUUUGGACCUCAUGAUCGAAUCUGCGCAUUACGGGGCCGAAAUUACCGACGAAGAGAUCAAAAAUGAAGUUGACACGAUAAUGUUCGAAGGGCAUGACACAACGGCAGCAGCUUCUUCCUUCGUCUUAUGUUUGCUCGGAGCGCAUCAGGACAUCCAAACAAAAGUUUAUGACGAGCUCAAAACCAUUUUUGGCAACAACAUGCAUCGACCAGUGACUUUUAAUGAUACCGUCGAAAUGAAAUAUCUCGAACGGGUUAUCCUUGAAUCGCUUCGUUUGUAUCCGCCAGUGCCGGCAAUCGCCCGAAAAGUCACCGAAGAUGUCAAACUUGCAAGUAGCGAUGCUGUAAUUCCAGCGGGAUCCACAGUUGUCAUCGGGACUUAUAAGCUACAUCGGUCUCCAGAGUACUAUAAAAACCCCGAUCAGUUCGAUCCAGACAACUUUUUGCCCGAAAAUACGCAAAAUCGGAAAUAUUUCGCUUUUAUUCCGUUCUCGGCGGGGCCUCGAAGCUGCGUGGGACGCAAAUAUGCGAUGUUAAAGUUGAAAGUUUUGCUCUCGACGAUCCUUCGGGCGUACCAUAUCAAGUCAGAUGUGAAGGAAAAAGACUACAAACUCAUCGCUGAUAUAAUUUUGAAGCGUGCUGAUGACUUCCGUAUUGAGGUUGAACCGCGAUAG